UUUCCUCCUUUCCUCUGCCAAUCCACGAUUAAUCCGAAAUCGCCACCCCCUCGUCUUCUUCCCCCCCCGCCUCCCCUUCCAGCCGGAAAACAUUGUCAACGUCAUCCCACCGGCAUACCUAUACCCAGCCCACACCACCUUCGCCGCCGAUUCUCCAUCCCGAUCCCCGACAUCGAAACUCGCGGCGAAGUUUUUUUAAACGAAGCCGAAAAACCGAGACUCAGACCAACCGAAAAAACGCGACGUCGUUUCGCCAUCCUUUCCCAAAUUCCUUCCUCGCCUGCCGGCCGAUUGCCUCACCGGCGAUUCAAAGGUUUUGGCUCUUCAAGAUAGUUUAAUUUACGCGUGGAGUAAUUAUCAUAUAGGAUCCAUGGUCGACAAUGGCCUUCUUUAGGAACUAUUCUGCUGAAACAAUCUCAAACAGAGCUGAAGAAAAGGGUCAGAAUCCUGGUAGAAUGGUUGGGAGCGAGGAUGUUGAUGGGACUUCCAGUGAAAGAGAAUUCGAUAUGAACAUCGAUCCACGGUAUGAAAGUGAGACUGAACUAGGGGAGAGUAGGGUGCCGGAUGAUGGAGCUCCUGACCAUGAAGCUGGUGCAAGUAAUUCACAUUUUCAGCCUUCUUCUGGAAAGGGAAAUGUGUCUGGGAAAUGGGGUUCAAGUUUUUGGAAAGAUUGCCGACCUAUGAGUGCUCAGGGGGUAUCUGAUUCGGGGCAGGACUCAAAAUCAGACUUCAAGCACGUCGAGGGUUCAGACGAUAAUGUAUCAGAUGGCGAGGAUGACAGGUUAGAAUCAGAGUAUGAUGAAGAGGCAAAAGAAUCACAUAGAGAUUUGAAGGGACAUUAUGAUGUUCCUGCUGAUGAGAUGUUGUCGGAUGAAUAUUACGAGCAGGAUGGGGAAGAUCCAACUGAUUUGACUCACUUUAAGGGUUUUAGCAAUUCAGCUGGUCUGAAUUCUAGGCAACCGUCUAAGCCUGCGCCUGUCAAUAACAAUUCGUCCAGGAGUUCGAGAGCUAUGCGGAAUAAUAGAGAUGAUGACAAUGAUGAGGGUGAUGCUGAUUAUGAGGAAGAGGACGAUGAAGACGACCCAGAGGAUGUUGACUUUGACCCAAACUAUGGUGGCACUAGUGUUCGUCCAGGGAAAAAGGAUAAAGACUGGGGUGCUGACUCGGAUGAUGCUGAUGACGAUUUGGAUGUCUCAGAUGAUGAUGACGAUGAUGAUUUUUAUAAGACAAAAAGGCCUAAGGGAAGACAACGGGGUAAUGGCGGACGUUCUUCAAAAUCUGCAAGAGAGCGCAGGCCCACACACACUCAAGCACGGCCUAGAAGAGGCAAAUCAUCAUAUGAAGAGGAUGAGUUCUCUGCUGAGGAUUCUGAGAGUGAGAGUGAUGAAGACUUUAAGAGUCUGACUAGAAGAGCAAAUAUUCGGAAGUCUAAUGCUCGCUCCACUAUGUUGGCACAUACUAGUGGACGAAACAAUGAAGUGCGUAGUUCUGGUAGGUCAGUCCGGAAGGUGUCAUACGUUGAAAGUGAUGAAAGUGAAGAAAUUGAUGAGACAAAGAAGAACAAAUCUCAAAAGGAGGAAAUUGAGGAAGAAGAUGGAGAUUCCAUAGAAAAGGUGUUGUGGCAUCAGCCAAAGGGAAUGGCUGAAGAUGCCCUUAGGAAGAAUAAAUCAGCAGAACCUGUUCUUGCAACUCACCUUUUCACUUCCGAGCCAGAUUGGAAUGAAGUGGAGUUCUUGAUAAAGUGGAAAGGACAGUCACAUUUGCAUUGUCAGUGGAAAUCUUUCUUUGAACUACAAAAUCUCAGCGGUUUUAAGAAGGUGCUGAACUAUACCAAAAAAGUAGUAGAAGAUAUCAGGUAUCGGAGGAUGCUUUCGCGUGAAGAGAUUGAGGUCAACGAUGUGAGCAGGGAAAUGGAUUUGGAUCUUAUAAAACAAAAUAGCCAGGUGGAAAGAGUUGUUUCUGACCGAAUAAGCAAAGAUAGCUCUGGUAAUAUUAUACCGGAGUAUCUAGUCAAGUGGCAAGGACUCUCUUAUGCUGAGGCCACCUGGGAAAAGGAUGUCGACAUUGCAUUUGCUCAAGACGCGAUAGAUGAAUAUAAGGCACGUGAGGCGGCAAUUGCAGCUGUACAAGGGAAAAUGGUGGAUUUUCAGCGGAGGAAAGGCAAAGCAAGCUUGAGAAAGCUUGAUGAGCAGCCUGAAUGGUUGAGAGGAGGAAAGCUUCGUGAUUAUCAGCUGGAGGGCUUGAAUUUUCUUGUGAACAGCUGGAGAAAUGAUACGAAUGUCAUUCUAGCUGAUGAGAUGGGUCUUGGGAAAACGGUGCAGUCAGUUUCAAUGCUUGGGUUUCUUCAGUAUGCUCAGCAGAUCCCUGGCCCAUUUCUUGUUAUUGUGCCUUUGUCCACACUAUCUAACUGGGCGAAAGAAUUUAGAAAGUGGCUUCCAGAUAUGAACAUAAUAGUAUACGUUGGUACGCGUGCCAGCCGAGAGGUUUGCCAACAAUAUGAGUUCCACAACGAGAAGAAAGUUGGUAGGCCAGCAAAGUUUAAUGCACUGCUGACCACAUAUGAAGUUGUUCUGAAAGACAAAGCAGUGCUGUCAAAGAUCAAAUGGAACUAUAUGAUGGUUGAUGAAGCUCACAGGGCUUUGCUGCAUUUCCUUGAUCCAGAUAAAUUCAAGAACAAAGAUGAUUUUGUCCAGAACUACAAGAAUCUUAGUUCAUUCAAUGAAAAUGAGCUUGCUAAUCUGCAUAUGGAAUUGAGGCCCCAUAUCCUCAGAAGAGUCAUUAAAGACGUGGAGAAAUCUUUGCCUCCAAAAAUUGAGCGUAUUUUGAGGGUGGAAAUGUCCCCUCUACAGAAACAGUACUAUAAAUGGAUCUUGGAACGCAACUUCCAUGACUUAAACAAAGGAGUUCGUGGAAAUCAGGUGUCACUUCUUAACAUUGUGGUGGAGUUGAAGAAAUGUUGUAAUCAUCCCUUUCUCUUUGAAAGUGCUGACCAUGGUUAUGGGGGUGAUACCUUUGAUGAUGGAAGCAAAUUGGAGAGAAUUAUCUUGAGCAGUGGAAAGCUAGUAAUACUUGACAAAUUGCUUGUCCGAUUGCACGAGACAAAACAUCGUGUUCUGAUUUUUUCACAGAUGGUCAGAAUGCUGGACAUACUUGCCGAGUAUAUGUCACACAGAGGGUUUCAAUUUCAGAGGCUUGAUGGGAGUACCAAGGCCGAGUUGCGUCAUCAGGCAAUGGAGCAUUUUAAUGCACCUGGAAGUGAUGAUUUCUGCUUUCUUCUAUCAACUAGGGCGGGUGGUCUUGGUAUAAACCUUGCAACGGCUGACACAGUUAUAAUAUUUGAUUCAGAUUGGAAUCCACAAAACGACUUACAGGCUAUGAGUAGAGCUCACAGAAUUGGACAACAAGAAGUUGUUAACAUCUAUAGAUUUGUGACAAGCAAAAGUGUUGAGGAGGAUAUCCUCGAGCGAGCUAAAAAGAAAAUGGUUCUUGACCAUUUGGUUAUCCAAAAGCUGAAUGCUGAGGGGAGAUUAGAAAAGAAAGAAGCAAAGAAGGGAAGUUAUUUUGACAAAAAUGAACUGUCUGCAAUUUUGCGGUUUGGGGCUGAGGAACUCUUUAAAGAAGAAAGAAGUGAUGAAGAAAACAAGAAAAGGCUCUUAAGCAUGGAUAUUGAUGAAAUCCUGGAAAGAGCGGAGAAGGUUGAAGAGAAGGAAGAUGAUACAAGUUUCUGGAGUAGGUGGAUAAAACCAGAUGCUGUAGCUGAUGCUGAAAAUGCUUUAGCUCCGCGUGCUGCAAGAAAUACGAAGAGUUAUGCUGAGACUGACCCAGCCGAGAGAAGCAGCAAACGGAAAAAGAAAGCUUCUGAGCCACCAGAACCGCAGGAAAGAGCACAGAAGCGUAGAAAAGCAGCAGAUCAUUCUGCCCCAUUGGUGUCAAUGAUUGAUGGAGCUUCUGCUCAAGUCAGAGAUUGGUCGUAUGGGAAUCUGUCUAAGAGGGAUGCCUUACGCUUUUCUCGCGCGGUAAUGAAAUUUGGGAAUCUUAGCCAACUUGAUUUGAUAGCUGCUGAAGUUGGCGGAGCCUUUGCAGCAGCUCCACAAGAUGCACAGAUUGAGCUUUUCGAUGCCUUGGUAGAUGGUUGCAAAGAGGCUAGUGAAGUAGAAAGUAUGGACCCAAAGGGGCCAUUGUUAGAUUUUUUUGGUGUUUCGGUGAAGGCCAACGAUUUGCUCACUCGUGUUCAAGAACUGCAGCUACUGGAAAAACGAAUAAACCGUUAUGAGAAUCCUGUUGCACAAUUCCGUGUGUUGUCAGAUCUCAAACCUUCAAACUGGUCCAAGGGCUGUGGCUGGAAUCAGAUUGACGAUGCAAGAUUGCUUCUGGGCAUAUAUCACCAUGGGUUUGGUAACUGGGAGAAGAUAAGAUUAGAUGAAAGGCUUUGCCUCUCCAAGAAGAUCGCCCCAGCAGAACUCCAACACCAUGAGACAUUUCUUCCUCGUGCCCCUAAUUUGAGGGACCGGGCUAAUGCUCUCUUAGAGAUGGAACUUGCAGCUGCCGGGGGUAAGAAUGCCAAGGUUAAAGCAGGACGGAAGGCUUCUAAGAAGGAAACUGGGCCUCUCGUAAAUUCUUCAGCACUUCGAAUGAAGGACAAGAAGGUGAAACCUAAUUUCGGGACAGUUAAUAAUACCCAUAGCAGCAGGAAUAGGCAAAAUCAGAAACCACAACAGAGAGUUGAGCCGCUAGUGAAAGAGGAAGGUGAGAUGUCAGAUAAUGAGGAACUUAGCGUGCAAUUUAAGCAAAUGAAAUGGACUGAGUGGUGCCAUGAUGUCAUGGUUGAUGAGAUAAAAACGUUAAAGCGACUCCACAGACUGCAGACUACCAGUGCGGACCUCCCAAAGGAAAAGGUGUGCUGUGGAAUUGAUUGUGGAUUAGCAAUGAGGCUGUGGAAAUAUGUUUCAACCUAUUCAAAUCUAUCCGGAGAGAGACUCGAACAGACAUACUCGAAACUGAAAAAGGAGCUGGAUGAAGAGGCAGGGGUGGGACCCUCGUAUAUGAAUGGAGAUGGAGAUUCGUCAAAUUAUUUCCCUCAAUUUUCAGGUCAUGCUGAUAGGCAGAGAGGGCAGAAAUCUGGUUAUCAAUUGUCCGAUCCUACUCCAAAAGGUCUCGACACUGCGAAAUUCGAAGCAUGGAAAAGACGGAGAAGAGCUGAAGCUGAUAUACCUUUACAAACACAGCAUACCCUCCCCCAAGCUCAACCACGGUUGAUGAAUACUAAUGGCAACCGUGUAGUUGACCCUAAUUCAUUGGGGAUCCUUGGUGCAGCACCAUCUGAUAAUAGGCAGCUCAGUAAUGGGAGGCCUUACAGAAUGCGUCAAGCUGGUUUUCCUCCAAGAUGA